GCUGGAGGGGGCGCGAUUCUCGACUCGCAAAAUUUAGCGAAAGGGAGUAAGAAAUAUUGCACAAGAUCGAAGGCCGGGAAGAUGUCGAUGGAGUCGGUGCCGAAAGACCUUCGUGGUCUGAGGGCGUGCAAGCUCUGCUCCAUGGUAAAAUCGCAGGAUCAGUUCUACUACAACGGCUGUGACAACUGCGAGCGGUUCCUCAAGAUGAAGGGAAACAGAGAAAUGAUCCAGGACUGCACCAGCUCCAACUUCGAUGGCGUUAUUUCAGUGAUGAUUCCACAAGAGAGUUGGGUCAGCAAAUGGCAGAGAAUUGAUCGAUAUGUACCAGGUUGCUAUGCGAUGUCAGUGAGUGGCGACCUUCCUCAAGACGUCAUUGACUCUUUACAAGACAAAGGAGUUCCCUACGUCUCUAGAGACACUUCCAACAGAAACUGAGCAAUAUUGCGCAUGCGUAACAAAGUCC